UGAGCCCACUAAUGCAUCGCUCAAAGCAUGACACGGUUAAACACUCGAUCAAUCCUUUGUGAAUCUGCCUAGGGUUUGGAAUCGCGACGAUGGACGAGAUAAUGAUGUACGAGGACCUGUGGAUGGACGAGGUCCUGUUUGUGAACUGCAAUCCCAAGAUGUCAGCGUCCGACUCAAGUUCUUUUAAUGUGCCCUAUCCAGAAAAGAUCGACAGGGAUGCUUGGAGUACACAGCUGGUACCGGAAUUUGCUAAGCUUGGCAUAGUAUGCACAUGGUUGAAUGAGCAUGAAAUGAGGUUUUCAAUUGAUCCAACAACAGACAUUCCGCGCAUGGAUGUCGCUAGCAGGGCUCAGGAUUCUCUUGAUGCUUUCAUAAGCGGUUUCUCAGCAGAGACGGCAUUGAAAGUACUGUCGGGCGAUUAUGAGUUCAUCUUUAGAGACUUUGAAGACAAGAUUAGUGAGAAUCCAGUGCGUGAUCGCUUCAACCAGUUUGUUGACAAAUAUGAAAAAUUCAUGAAGGGGGUUGGUCAGCGGUUCCCCUGUGAAAUUAAACAUAAUGAACAUUGUAUUGCUAUUGUGGCAAAUGCACAAAUAUAUAGAAUUAUGGCGGGUCUCGUGUGGGAAGUAGUUGUGUUCGAUAAUUAUGAUGUUCAACAAGAGCUCGAAAGUAUGUUGGAGUUUUAUGGGGGGCUUUCUGGAUUUGAGCCUUCUGGAUUUGAACAUAAUCCAUACACUGAUUUGGGGCCUGGACAUCAUGAUAUGAUGGAACCAAGCAAAUCACUGAAUGAUCAAAUAGGCCAACUACAGAUAUGAUAAACUCCGCUUUUAUUAUCCAUGUUCAGUGCCUGAUACAUUUCCAUUUGAGAUUUUUACCGCUUUCUAUGUGACGAUUUAACUUUGCGUAUUCAUUAAUUAUGCGACUCUGUUCUAGCCUUCUGGAUUGAAAACAUUCAGGCCAGUUUCUCCCGAUGGUGCAGUGAACUACAUCUGGAAAAAGGUUUACCAAAAGCUGCCAAUGAUUAAGGAAGCAAUCCUUCGUGAAAGGAGAAAACCUACUGGUGUUUCAGUUC